AUGUCUCAAUCCUGUUUGAUAAAGAAAUGCACUCGUACAUCACGUGGACUGUGUGAUUGUUGUCAACAAAAUCUUUGUUUACAACAUUUAAAUGAACAUAAUGCUUCACUCGUUUCUCAACUCAAUCCUUUGAUUGAUGAAAUUAAUGGCCUUGGUGAUUGUCUCAAAACACUAAAUAUUCAAAAAACAAUUGGUAAUAGUCGUCAAAAACUUGAACAAUGGCGUCAAGAUUGUUAUAAGAAGAUUGACUGUUUUUUUGAACAAAAAUGUCAAGAACUUCAUCAACUUGUUAAUGAAAAAGUUGAUCAACAACGAGAAGAACUCAAACGAAUGCAUUUGAAGAUAACUGAACUCAUGAAUACACAAGAAACAACUCGUCAAGAUAUCAACUUAUUGACAUCAACUAUUCGUCAGCUCGAAACAAAUAUAAACGAAAUUAAACAAACAUGUUUUACGCUCGAUACUCGUCCAUUAUUAAUAGAUGACAUGCACGUUGUUAUUAAUAAACCAACUGAACAUGAACUUGAUCUAUCAACUCUUUCGCAUGUUUACAAAACAAUUCCUUGUUCCAAGGAAAGUUUUCGACCAUUUACUAGCAAUGAUCGAUACUUAUUGAUGCAUCAAAAACCAAGUUUAUGUUUAUUUGAUAGAGAAAUGAACGUAGUCAAACAAACAUUAUGGUCUUAUGGUGCAAUCCACGACAUGUGUUGGUCAUCAACAUUAAAUGGAUUCAUUGUACUUGGAAAAAAUAACAUCUAUUUCGUUAACGAAAAUACAAUGGCUGUUGAUAAUGUGCAGAGAAUUGAAGAACGAUAUUGGGGAUCGUGUACAUGUUCUGACACAGUUCUCUUUGCAAGCACAAAUGAAUGGAGUUCAUCUAUUAUAGAAUUCAAACUAUUUCCAGCGAUUGAAAUGAUUAAAGAAUGGAAAUAUCCUCUUACAUGUAGCAAAGAUGAAGCUAUCGCUGAUAUCGUUUACAAUAACGGAAAUCUUGCUCUAAUGGCUGCAAAAUAUUUUCUUCUCUUCUUCUGUAUUUCUGCUGUUAAUAUUAAUAAUGAAACAAUAAAAAUUGUACCAGUAUCUGUACCACAAUAA